CCGGGGAUCAGUUUCCGAAAUGGAUCGUCUGCAGCAGGUCGGCAUUCAGCAGUUGGGGGACCUGAAGCGGGUUUUCACCCGGGAAUGGCCCAAAUACUGCAAGGAGUACUACUGCCUGGACACAUUUCUGGAGCUCCACAAGAAGGACGAUCAACCGAAGGAAGUGCAAGUGUAUGCCCUUCCCAAUCUGGAACUCGGAUUAUUCGUGAUUGUGGAUCACUAUCAGAUAUUCCUUGGCUUCCUGGAGGCUGAGAAGUCGGAACGCCUUCUCAAGGAGUCCUUACUGAAAUUCAACCUCUAUGGAGGCGAGCAAUUCGCCUCAAUGCCGAAAAGGUACUUCAAUGUUGCCAACGACAUUAUCCAAGCAAAGAAUCUGAAAUUGGACCUGGACAGUAGAACCCUUUCCCUGGUCUUAAGCAAGGAGGAAGCCCUGCUCUUCCAAGUCGAACCUCCGGCUGGGUUCACCCUUAAGCCUGUAGAUGUAGAGGAUGCUCCAGAGAUAAACGAUCAGUGGGAAUGGGGUGAGGCGGACUCCCUUUCCCUGGUCCACCGCCAAAUUCUGUGUGACACCAGUGUGGGCUUGUACACGAAGGACACCAAGGAGCUCGUGGCCUGGUGCAUUAGGGCUUCGGAUGGCUUGCUGGCAGUGCUUCAAGUGAAGACGUCCUACAAGCGCCGAGGCUUCGGACAGCUGAUUGUGAAGGAGUUUUCCAGACAGGAGGCUCUGCUGGGUCGCGAUACAAUCACCGAAGUGGUUCCCGAGAACAAGGCAUCCUUGGGCCUGUUCACCAAACUGGGCUUCAAAGUCAUCGACCAGUGUCACUGGCUGAUCACGGAGUCCCCAAAGGGGGAUCGAUAAGAUUAAGGGCUUGUUUGCCUGUAAAUGUAAAUGUCGAUUUUUUGUAGAUUUAAAUCAUUAACGAUAAUAAGCUUUCGCAGCUGGCAAACAACGGGCUAGUCAUAAAAAAACCGCCUAAGAGAAUCUAACGAGGUUAAGAGAUCUA